GAUCGGCGGGCAGGCGGAUGAAAUAAAAAAGAAAAAAAGAUAUGGCGAUGGAUGGGGAGAACCGGAUCGUUCUCAACGUGGGCGGAAUCCGCUUCGAGACCUACAAGACGACCCUGAAAAAGAUUCCGGCCACCCGAUUAUCGAGACUGACCGAGGCCCUCGUCAAUUACGAUCCAAUCCUCAACGAAUAUUUCUUCGAUCGCCAUCCGGGCGUCUUCUCGCAGAUCCUCAACUACUACAGGACGGGCAAGCUCCACUAUCCGUCGCACGUGUGCGGGCCACUCUUCGAAGAGGAACUGGAAUUCUGGGGGCUAGACUCCAAUCAAGUCGAGCCCUGUUGCUGGAUGACUUACACCGUCCACAGAGACACCCAGCAAACGUUGGCCAUUUUGGACAAACUGGACAUUGAAACGGAAAAGCCAACCGAAGAGGAAAUAGCCAGAAAAUUCGGUUACGAAGAGGAUUACCUUGCCGGACGCCUUAGUUUAUGGCAGCGAUUCAAACCAGCCACAUGGUCGUUAUUCGACGAGCCCUACUCAUCUCUACCGGCCAAGGGAGUGGCUGUCAUUUCCGUGUUUUUCAUCUGCGUUUCUGUCCUCUCGUUCUGCCUGAAAACUCACCCGAGCAUGAGAGUGCCAUUCCUACGCAACAUCACCGUCAACGGACCGGGAAACGCCUCCUAUUUCUUGCUGGACAAAGUUAAAACCGAACCGCACGAGGCUUUCUUCUACGUCGAAUUGGUCUGCAAUAUCUGGUUCACGUUGGAGAUUUCCAUCCGUUUCGUUGUCAGUCCGGACAAAUGCGAUUUUCUGCAGUCGCCCGUCAACGUCAUCGAUCUGGUGGCAACGCUCUCAUUCUACACCGACAUGCUCUUGCAGGAGCUGGCUCACCAUGUGGAUAAUGCGGAUAUUCUCGAGUUCUUCUCCAUCAUCCGCAUCUUGCGACUCUUCAAAUUGACUCGACACUCGCCCGGUCUCAAGAUCCUCAUCCACACGUUUAAAGCGUCGGCUAAAGAAUUGACGCUGCUCGUCUUUUUCCUGAUGCUCGGCAUCGUCAUCUUCGCCAGUCUCGUCUACUACGGCGAAAGGCUCCAGGCCAAUCCGCACAACGAUUUCAAAAGUAUUCCGGAAGGCCUUUGGUGGGCGAUCGUAACCAUGACAACGGUCGGCUACGGAGACAUGGCGCCUAAAACAUAUGCUGGGAUGUUUGUGGGUGCGUUAUGCGCCUUGGCCGGGGUGCUGACCAUCUCUCUGCCCGUGCCCGUCAUCGUCUCCAAUUUCUCCAUGUUCUACAGCCACACGCAGGCCCGGUCGAAAUUGCCAAAGAGGCGGCGGAGGGUUUUGCCAGUGGAGCAGCCGAGAAACAGGAAGCAACGGGUGCCAGAUCGGGCCAGCAAUAAUCAAGGCCAGCAACAACAGUCCAGGGCGGAUGGAAUCGGACGUCGAUUCGCCGCUGGAACUACGAAAUUAACUCAGCCGUUCAUCAACCGACUUGGUUAUCUGAACGGAUCGGCGAGUGACAGUCCAGCAGUUGUCGUUGCUCCAACUGGCGGAACAUCUAAAAUCCCUGGACCCCUACUGAGGGUUCACAGCACUGGAGGAGAUUCGAAAACUCUCCACGUGCCGGUGAUUGUGGCCAGCAGUCCGCCUCCGGCUCACCAGGACAUUGUGAGUUUCAGAAGUCAAGAUUGCGUCACUUCGGGCAACGGGAAAUCCGGACAAACAUACGCACUAUAAAUAAAAUAAGCAACGUUUUCUCUCAUUUCAUAAUAUUUACUUGUUUCAUACUAUUUCGACGUGUUUCCUCCCUUCCAUUAUCGAAAUUAUUUCAUUACACACGACCGGCCAAACAAAACUAAACAACAUUUUUGACUCCGUGAUGAUGACGUAUACGACUCAAAGUGUAUUUAAUUCUUUAAUAUAUUAUUAUUGUUAAUUUGUAUAUAGAUAAAUGAUCGAUAUAUAACUAUUGGUGAGAUCAAA